CUGUGGGGACCCUGUCCGGUGGCUCUGCCUCAAAACUUGGCGCUUUUCCCAUUAUCUGGGGCUUUUAAACGAAGCAGGGUUUGCCUUUGCAUCAUCCCGGAUGCAAACGCUUCUACAACGCUUCUAUAACGCUUCUGCACAAAGUACUCCGGGUGUUGGGAAAACCACACUCGGAAAAGAACUUGCUUCAAGAGUCGGGAUGACCUAUGUUAACGUGGGUGACAUGGCGAAAGAAGGAGAACUGUAUGAAGGUUUUGAUGAGGAAUAUGAUUGUCCAAUUUUGGAUGAAGACAGGGUGAUUGAUGAACUAGAAGAUAAAAUGAGCGAGGGUGGAGUUAUCGUCGAUUAUCAUGGCUGUGAUUUUUUCCCUGAACGCUGGUUUCAUAUCGUGUUUGUACUUCGUACGGAAAAUUCAUUUCUGUAUGACAGACUCGAAAGCAGGGGCUACAAAGGGAAAAAGCUGCAAGACAACAUCCAGUGUGAAAUUUUUCAGACGCUUUAUGAGGAAGCUGUGUUGUCAUACAGAGAGGAAAUUGUGCACCAGUUACCCAGCAACACUCCAGAAGACCUGGAGAGAAAUUUGGAUCAGAUUAUGCAAUGGGUUGAGCAAUGGAUGAAGGACAACAACUGACAUUUGGUGAAAAAGUACCUCUGACAGAUCAUUUCCUGGGAGAGUUUAAUAAAUGACAUUAAUAAUUCCUGUAUAAUAAGUUAAAAUUAAUGUUAUUGUAAUUUGAUAUGGCUGGCAACUGGAAGAAACCUCAGAAUAACCAGGUUGAGAGGCUUUGUAACGGCCCCUGAAGCACUCUGGGAGAGGCACACAGCAGAGCUGAUGCAAGUGAAAAUCCAGCAGCAAAUGGCAGGAUGAAAAUGACGCAGUUUCCCUUUAUAGCAGGAACUAGGUUCAAUAAUUGCGAAUUUUUUGGAGCUUACAAUUAAAACCAAACCUUCCCCCUCCCCAAGAAAACUGUAAAAUGCCAAUAAGAGUUGGCAGUUGAGGAGCUUUUGAUUUCUAAAGGAUAAAAACAGUGUCCUGAAAAGGAGUUAGUCUGCUUCUGAAUUUUUAGACUAAACCCUGCUGUACUCCGCUGUAUUCCUCAUGUGUGGAGGCUCAUGCAGGGCGAGGGGUGUCUGAUGUAAGGAGGGUGCUUUGUUUUGGAGGGAAGAGAAGUGAUGUAGUAAGAGCUAUUUUAAAAUGAUUGCAUAGAACUUCAGGAAUUACUUACAGUGUAAGGCAACUUGGCUGUAUCCACACUGGUGUGGAAUAAUAAGUUUUCUCUCCAUCCUCUCGGUAUUCUCCAUCACCCAUCCGAAUCACGGAACAUAUUUAUCACUGUAAGUUUAUCAAGGAAAUAUGUCAUUUGGCAGGAUUAUGAACCUGCAGCCAUCUAAAAUACAGUUACACUUAAAAUACUGGCAGUGUCUGUUCUAAUUGUUUGUAAAGCCUGGGUCCUGGGAGAGCAUGGCUGUGCAAAGCAGAAAUAACCUUUCUUUGCUGAAAAGGUGUCAUGUAAAAGUGAAAUGUCAUGUGAAAGAUUCUGUAGAAAGUGCUUGCUAAUAAACUUUUUGUAUAUACAAGUUUG